AUGACCACCAACAUGUGCUCUAUCCCCACAGAGCGCCCCCUGGAGGCCGCAGCAGAACUCUCUCUCUUCCGUCAGGGCGAGUCAUGGACGCCGUGUCAUGUGACUUUUAAAGCUCCUCCCAUUGGCCCGCGCCGUCAGCAGGACCCGCGCAGACACAUAAAACGCCAGAUUCGCUCGGCCUGCUCCCAAAACACAGGCACGCCCCCCCCCCCCUCCCCACUCGCCCCGGCCUCGUAUAAGCGCGUUGCCGUGGCGACCGGGGGCCCCAGGUUGUCGUAA